GUGUCACCUGACCGGGACGGCGAAGGGGUCAUGGCGGCGCCCGUGCUGCGCUGGCGCUGUCCUGGAAGGCGUUGGGCUUUAACCUGCUUUGACCGCGGUUCUGUGCACGGAAGAGGGGCUCCGACUGGAUCCAGGUCCAGCGGGAAAAGGGGACAGAGCUCAGUGGCUCAGCAGCCCCUCAUCACGGCCCAGAAGCCGAGGAAAGGUGAACACAAGUGGGCAGCCGUGGUAGGUUUGGAAAUUCAUGCCCAGAUUUCCUCCAACUCUAAACUCUUCUCUGGAUCUCAAGUUCACUUUGCAGCACCUCCAAAUUCUUUGGUAUCUUUUUUUGAUGCAUCUCUGCCUGGAACUUUGCCGGUUCUCAACAGGAGGUGCGUAGAGGCGGCAGUGAUGACAGGCCUGGCACUGAACUGCCACAUAAACAAGAAGUCCUUGUUUGACAGGAAGCACUACUUCUAUGCGGACCUCCCUGCAGGCUACCAGAUUACCCAGCAGAGGCUCCCGAUCGCUGUGAAUGGGAGUUUGGCAUACAGUGUCUGUGUGGGGAAGAAGCCGAGUCGGGUGAUCAACAAGACAGUGAGGAUCAAGCAGAUCCAGCUGGAGCAAGACAGUGGCAAGAGCCUGCACGACGACCUGCGGUCCCAGACGCUCAUUGACCUGAACCGGGCAGGAGUUGGCCUUCUGGAAGUGGUCCUGGAGCCCGACAUGUCCUGUGGAGAAGAGGCCGCAACAGCCGUCAGGGAGCUGCAGCUGAUACUUCAAGCCCUGGGGACCAGCCAGGCAAACAUGGCAGAGGGCCAGUUGAGAGUGGACGCCAAUGUAUCUGUGCAUCAGCCUGGGGAGCCUUUGGGUGUUCGAACUGAAGUGAAGAAUCUCAACAGCGCCAGGUUCUUGGCCAAAGCAAUAGACUAUGAAAUUCAGAGGCAAAUCAAAGAACUUGAGAACGGAGGUGAAAUUCUGAAUGAAACGCGCUCCUUUGAUUACAAGCUGGGGUGCACCGUGCCGAUGCGAGACAAGGAAGGAAAACAGGACUACAGGUUUAUUCCCGAGCCCAACCUGCCUCCCCUGCUGCUCUACGACUCGGCCUCUCUGCCUGCUGGCGCAGACCCGCAGCAAGUGGUCAACAUCGACCAGAUCCGGGAGCAGCUCCCCGAGCUCCCCAGCGUGACGCGGGAGAAGCUCAUUCAGCAGUAUGGGAUGCUGCCGGAACACAGCUUCACCCUACUGAACGAAGUUGGCCUACUGGAGUUCUUCCAAAAUGUGAUCAAAGAAACUAGGGCAGAGCCCAAAAAAGUGACUAGUUGGGUCCUCAACACUUUUCUGGGAUUUUUAAAGCAACAGAACCUUGCUGUCAGUGAGAGUCCCGUCACACCUUCUGCCCUGGCCGAGCUUCUCAGCCUCCUGGACCGGAAAGCAAUUUCUUCAGCAGCUGCCAAACAGGUGCUGGAGGAACUGUGGAGGGGUGAAGGGAAGACGGCAGCGCAGAUCGUUUCAGAGAAGAGGCUGGAACUGAUGCGGGAUCCAGACGCCCUGGAGCAGCUCUGCCAAGCCACGCUGGAGGAACACCCUCAAGUGGUAAUGGAUGUGAAGAAGGGAAACCCCAGAGCUAUAAAUAAGCUGAUUGGGCUGGUCCGAAAAGCAAGUCUUAACCGAGCAGACCCGACCGUGAUCAAGGAGAUCCUGGAGAAGCAGCUGUCAUCGUGAGCCACGUGGCCCCUGCCGGGGGACUGCAGCCCCCCCACUGCCUCCCCUCCGCUCGCCAUCGACCGCAG